AUGACAAACGACAAGUACAGCGAGUCCUGGCUCGAGCGCGAGUUCAUUGGCUAUGGGUACGACAUGAUCAACCCCCAGUGGCCUGGCGGAGCCAAGAUCUGCGUCUCGUUCAUCGUGCAGUUCAAUACUGGAGCUGAAGCAAAUGUGAUGGAAGGCGACGAGCUGUCCUGCAGUGAUUUCCUCGAGAUCCCGAAGAACAAGCCGCAGCCGAGGCGGAUGGAGGCGUCUGAGAACAUGUACGAGUUUGGCGGCAAGGAGGGGGUACCAAGGCUGCUCAAUACCUUCAAAAAGUACAACAUCCCCGUUACCUGGAAUGUCUAUACACGCGCGCUCGAAAAGUCACCGUACUGGAUCAAGCCUAUACAAGAAUCAGGCGCCGAGAUCUCGCUCGGAGGGCAUCUGUACCGCAACCACUUCGACACGCCGCCCGCCGAGGAGGAUAAACUCAUUAACACCAGUAUCGACAAGCUGCAAGAGUUGACGGGGGACAAGUCGUUACCAAAGGGCUGGUUCACGGACAGACGAUCCAACAUGACGGUCAAGCUCUACUCUACCGCCCACAAGGAGCGCUCGUUACCCCUCCUCUACUCCUCCGACUCAUGCUCGGACGACAUCCCAUACUGGGUCCCGUCACCCGCUCAGAACGGCGGCCUCCUUAUGAUCCCCUUCUCGUAUGAUUGCUCGGACCUACGCUUCAACGCGAGAGGGUCGGGAUGGGCCAGUCCCAAAGACUACUGGAUUCACCUCGUACAGACAUUCGACUGCUUGUUUGAGGAAGGCCAGGAAGGCGAGCCAAAGAUGAUGACGGUGCUCCUCCACCCCCACAUUAUCGGGCGGGCGGGGCGUACUAGGUGGUUUGAGGAAUUCCUCAAGUACAUCACUCAGCAUGAGGGGGUAUGGAUAGCAACCAGGGAGCAGAUCGCAGAGCACUGGACCAAGACCCACCCGUAUGAUUCAAAGAAGGCGUUUGGGCAGACCAAGGUGCCAGAGUGUGGGAAGAUUAGCAUCCCCUCGUAG